AUGCUACUCUUCGACGAUGAGACUUUCAGUCGGUCAAGGCUGUAUUUCUGGAUAAUCGGUUGCCUCAACGAAUUCGAGAUAAGCAUCGAAGAUAAUAUUAAACAGUGGAAGCUUUUUCGGCAAGCGCGAAUUGAUCCUAGACUCGAAAGACUAGGAGAUAUUCUCAAAUCAACAGAAGAUCUAGGAUUAUCCGACGAAUUGAAUGAACUUCAUAAUAUUUAUACGCGGGGUGAAGAAGUCCGACAGGGUUUAGAAGAUCUACAAUCCCAGUUUCGAGCAAAAUUAGCGACUGUACAGACGCUACGCGAUGGUCUUUUCAAUGCCAGUGCGCUCAUCGAGAGCAGAUCAUCCACUAGACUGGGCCAAAACGUGAAGCUCCUCACUUAUGUGAGCAUUGUUUACCUACCAUUGGCGUUUUGUGCAGCUCUUUGGGCCGUGCCCGAUAUAUCGAAUAAUGAUACAAGAACCCCCUUCAUCAUCACUACCAUUCUUGUAGGAUGCGCGACUUAUAUAGUGGUGUUCAAUCUGGAGAGUAUUGUGGAUAUUCUAGGGAAAUCUUAUACCGGCUAUCGAUCGCGAUUAUUGGAAAGCAUGAGCGAAGAACAUGAUUCAUAUUGGCAGUCUCUCCGAGAGCGAUUUGAAGAGUUCCCUCCCAAUAACGAGCAACGAAAGCCGUCUGAGUGGUGGAUCAUUCGAUACCAAGUUCAAAAGUGGUUUAGAAGAGCAGAUUGAAAUCUCCAUAGGUUGAUAGUGUAUCGAAACAGUUAUCAACUUCGAUGGCAUUUGGGGUUGGCAAAAGCUUUGUGCCAUAAGGCAGUUUGUAUUAUCUUCGCAAAAUCUUCAAUCGCGAGCUAUUUAUGUAUAUCCACCCCCACCUCAUGGCUUCGAUAUAUG